AUGUCAUCCUCAAUUAUUUCAUUACUUGCUGUAGCUAGUAAACAGAUUACUAUUUAUUUGGGCACUCUUACUCUUGUUGCUGGUGUUAUUGGUGGAUUACUCAAUAUCAUUGUUUUUCUCAGUUUGAGAACUUUCCGAAAAAGUUCUGCUGCAUUUUAUUUGACUAUUAUGUCCAUUUGCAACGUAGGCCAAAUGUUUACAGGUUUACUUCCUCGUAUUAUGACUAGUGGUUUUGGCAUUAAUUGGUCAUUAACAUCUCUAUUUUAUUGCAAGUUUCGAUUGUAUUAUUUUAAUGUAUGUGCAACAACAUCAAUGACUUGUAUCUGUCUAGCAAUCAUUGAUCAAUAUUUAGCCACUUCUUCUCGUGCACAAUGGCGACUAUGGUGUAAUAUGAAAAUAGCUCGUCGUUCGGUAUUACUAUUUGUUCUCAUUUGGAUUAUUCAUAAUAUUCCUUAUUUGAUAUAUUACGAUCAUGUUAUAUCGACAACGACAGGUCAAGUUACAUGCAUAAACACAAAUAAUAUUUUUCAACAAUAUGCUAUCUAUGGACCUACUUUAAUUAUUGGGAAAAUUCUUCCUAUCGGUAUUACAUUUGUGUUUGGACUUUUGGCUUAUCAUAAUGUACAACAACUAGGUUAUCGAACAGCACCUUUGGUUCGUCGUGAACUAGAUAAACAGUUGACAGUGAUGAUUUUAGUUCUCAUUGUUUUUGCUUUCUUUACUAAUAUGCCGUAUACUAUUGCAUUAAUUUUAUCAACAACAACACAACUCACUCAAGAUCCUGUCUUAUCAGCACAAAUUCAAUUUGCUAUUCUUGUGAACACAUAUUUUGUUUAUAUAUAUUUUGCAGUUAUAAUCCAAAUGGCUGUAAAUUGUAGUAAUAAAAAACUGCAAUCGAAUGAAAAUGAUAUCUUCGUCGUUGAUGCUGCAAUUCUUCAACAAUCAGAAGUGCUGAAAGGCUUUGCGGAAACAUCAGACAAGGAUGGCGUCAUUCCACUGCCGAACAUCAAUUCGGCUACUUUAAAAAAAGUAAUUGAGUGGAUGAAUUAUCAUCAGAAAAACAUGCCACAAACCGAAGAUAAUGACGAAGAAUUAUCAGAAUGGGGUCAAAAUUUUCUCAAGGCUGAUAUUGCUAUGAUUUCUGAUUUAGUUCUGGCAGCUAAUUUUCUAAAUAUAAAAAGUCUGCUAAAUGCGACAUGUGCACUAAUCGCCUAUAUGAUUAAAGGUAGAGCACCAGCCGAGAUUAGACUUCAAGUGAAAUCCCAAAUAUGUAAUGGAAUUGCACAGUAUGAUCGAUGUUCGACAAAUAGCGCCUGCGGCUGCUUUUCUAACACAAAUGGUACUGAUAAUGGCAUUUGUGCUUUUGUUUGGGCGACUUGCUCUACACUUGAGACAUGUGACGCUUCAAAUAAUAAAUGUCAUCAGCGUAACACAGUUUGUGUUCGACAUCCUCGAUGUCAUAAUCGUCCUGUUUGUUAUCCAAUAUCAAUGACUGCUCAACAUAUCUGUCCACCUAUGAAACCAAGUGAGAGAUUUCUAUGA